AAUCAUUCAGGGGCACAAUGGCUGAUGAGGCUGAUGCCAAAUCGUUCCUUGCCGAACUUGAAAAGCGUUUUGCUAAAAACGAAAAGGCGGAAACUAGUACUCUUUUAAGCACUCUUGUUUCCAUGAAGUAUAAAGGCAAAGGCAACAUAAGGGAGUACAUUUUGGAAAUGUCUCACAUUGCUUCAAAACUAAGUGCACUAAAGCUUAUUUUACCUGAGGAAUUGCUUGUGUAUUUAGUUUUGAUCUCUCUUCCUUCUCAAUUUAAUCAAUUUAAAGUCAGUUACAACUGCAUUAAGGAGAAAUGGUCUCUCAAUGAGCUCAUUUCUCAUUGUGUUCAAGAGGAAGAGAGAAUAAAGCAAGAUAAGACAGAAAGUGCUCAUUUGGCAUCUACCUCUAAGGGCAGCAAUAAAAGAAAAAUUAAGGAAGCUGCAAAUUCGGGGCCUCCCAGGAAGCAUCACAAGGAAACUAAGGAAGAAACUAAGGAAUCUGGAUGCUUCUUUUGCAAAGGGACUAAUCACAAGAAAAAGAACUGCACUAAGUACCAUGUUUGGCGUGCGAAAAAGGGGUUGCCUGAGCUGCCGAAAACCAAUUGAUGGUGAAAGAUACAUCUAUGUCGGUGAUGGCAAGCGGGUUGAAGUUGAGGCUAUCGGUGUUUUUAGAUUAUUAUUAAAGACUGGUUUUUAUUUGGAUUUGAAAGAGACAUUUGUUGUGCCGUCAUUUAGGCGGAAUUUAAUUUCUAUUUCUGCAUUGGACAAAUUUGGUUAUUCUUGUUCAUUUGGAAAUAGUCAGUUCAGUCUAUUUCAAGAUUCAAAACUUAUUG